AUGACGACCCCCGAGUAUCAUGGAUGGCGAAGUAAGAGGAUUAAUGAUAAUAUCCCCGGGCCAAGAGAAGAUUGCGUUCGAUCCAUAGAGGAGCAUUUGCAAAUAGUUCCAUCAGAAUUAGAGAUCAUCAAACAGGACUUUGAAAAACGAAGUUUGGAAUUGGAAAGGAAGAUAGAAAAGCUAGAAGAGGAAAAGAUGCAUUUGGGACUAGAUGUCGAUAUCCACAAGUUGGAAGCUGAAAAGUUGAGGAAAGGGAAGAGCAAGGCUGAAGAGGAUUUAGAUAGUCUAAAAACAGAUUAUAAGAAGCUGCGUUUGUCACUGAGAACUGCGGGUUUAGGUAAAACAUCAGAGCAAUGGCGACAGGAGGUCAAAGAAGAAAAGGCCAAAAUUGUUCAGUGGGAAAAGAAAUUUCAAGACGCUCGAGCUCGAGAAAGCGUUUUGGAGAAAAAUUUGUUAGAAUGCCGAAAUGAAGAAGCAAGAUUAAAAGCCCAGAUAGCUGAGUUGGAAAGGUCGCUUCACUUGUGCCGUAGUCGUAACUCUAUGAUCGAGCUGAGAGCAAGUUUGAGCAAGAUUGAAGAAUUGAAGGAAAAGAUAGAAGAACUUGAAGACGCAUUGCGAAAUUCUAAAUUACGAGUAGAAUUUCUUGAAAGACGUAAUGAACAGUACCAAGAGCAGUUCCAUCAUCUUCAAAGUCAGAUUAGAGAUAGAGAUUACGUUAUGGGCGAAGCUGUGACUCAAGUGCGGGAAGUGGCUGACCAUCUACAAACCUUAGCGGUUCAGGCUGAUAUACUGAGUUUGAAAUAUGAAUCAGAGUCAAGUCGGGGUCGAGAGUUAGCUUGGCUCCUUAAGAGGGUUAAGGCUUUGAGCAUAAAGGCAAAGCCGUAUAUGUAA